ACUAAUCUAAAGGACAAGGCGCUGAAACUUUCUUUUGUUCUAUAUCUCGUAUAACUUAGUUGUAAUAACGAAAUAAUGUCUGAUGAUAAUACAGUCAAGACAACUAUGGUUACAUGCACCGCUCCUGUGAACAUUGCUGUCAUCAAAUACUGGGGUAAGAGAAAUGAAGAACUGAUUCUUCCAAUAAACUCAUCUUUGAGUGUCACUUUACAUCAGGAUCAGCUUAAAACAACCACAACCGUUGCAACAAGCAGAUCCUUUGAGGAGGACCGAAUAUGGUUAAAUGGAAAAGAAGAGGACAUAACCCACCCAAGACUACAGUCGUGUCUCAGAGAAAUUCGUCGACUUGCACGGAAAAGACGCAAUAAGACCAACCCAGAUUUGGAUGUAGCUGGUUUAUCUCACAAGGUCCAUAUUUGCUCCAUCAACAAUUUCCCAACUGCAGCUGGACUUGCUUCAUCAGCUGCUGGCUUUGCUUGUUUGGUUUACACACUUGCUCGUGUGUUUGGUGUGGAAGGGGAGUUGUCUGUGAUUGCUCGACAAGGUUCAGGCAGUGCUUGUCGAAGUAUGUAUGGGGGAUUUGUCCAGUGGAUCUUGGGUCAACGAGAUGAUGGCAAAGACAGUUUGGCCCAACAGGUGGAGCCAGAAUCUCACUGGCCUGAACUCAGAAUCCUUGUCCUUGUUGUGAGUGCUGAUCGGAAGCCAAUAGGGAGCACUUCAGGGAUGCAAACCAGCGUAAAAACAAGUUUACUGUUGAAGCUCCGAGCAGAGUGUGUUGUUUCAAAAAGGAUGGAAGACAUGAUUGAAGCUGUUUGCCAAAAAGAUUUUUCUACAUUUGCUGGAUUAACAAUGAAAGACAGCAACCAGUUUCAUGCAACUUGUCUUGAUACGUACCCACCAAUAUUCUACCUGAACAGUGUGUCCCAGCAAAUUAUCAAUGUAGUGCAUAAGUACAACGAGCACUAUGGAGAGACAAGGGUGGCUUACACAUUUGAUGCAGGUCCCAAUGCUGUCAUCUUCACUCUAGAGCAGCAUGUUCCUGAGUUUGUUCAAGUUAUUAAACAUGUCUUUCCUUCAGAGAGCAAUGGUGGAAAGUUUAUAAAAGGUCUUCAAGUUGAUGAUACCAUUCUCUCUGAGGAACUGAAGCAGUGUAUUGGCUUGGAGCCUAUGCUAAAUAAAAUAAGCUAUAUUAUUAGUACUAAGGUUGGACCUGGCCCACGUGUUGUGGAGGAUCAUUCAGAGCACCUUCUUGGAUCUGAUGGAAUGCCAAAGAAAACUCAGUGAUGCUGUUGAUUAUCAAAGAAAAACAAAACAGUUCUCCCAUGUUAACUGUUAAAACUAUAAUUUUAGGAUUAAGUUAUUCAUAAUUUUGACUAAAAUCUACAAAUGUAGAAGAGAUUUUACACUAUGUAUUGUGUUACAUAUUUUAAUAAAUUAAUAUUUUGCAUA